AUGGACAGUUACCCAUUUGCUAGCGGCAAAAAUUAUUCGGGCAGUGCACAGCUCCCAACAGUUUUAGGAAACCCAAUGAGCACUAACAACUCCUCUAGUGUGAAUAACAAAGCACCAUUUGAUAAAAACGCCCUGACCACCUACUUUGACGGUGUCCUCAACAAAAGCAACCAUCCGUAUAUUUGUUUCGCCCACGUUUUUUUUAAGCUCCUUGCCGUGUCGCUAUAUUUCAUGGGACCCUCCCUAUUUGGAAGUGAAGAAUCGGAUGAACAUGACUUUAUCAUCACCUUUGCAGUUACCCUAUUUUUAGUUUCGUUGGAUUUUUAUUUGGUUAAAAAUAUAACCGGCAGGCUCCUGGUGAAGAUGAUAUGGUGGAUCGACGCCAAUGAAGACUACUCCAACAAGAUUAUUUUCAAAACGUCAGAUGAAAGCCUACUGAAUGCCACAGACAAGAAGGUUUUUUGGUAUGCACUGUAUGUAAACUUUUUCAUAUGGCUGAGUCAGACCUUACUGAUGUUGUUGUCCUUUCAGUUAUGCUGGUUUUUGCUUUGCUUUUUGUGCCUAUUUCUCUCCUUUUACAACUUAUGUAACUUUUGGAAGUGCUCCAAGGAGCAGCAUAAAGUAGUGGGCACCUUUUUGAGCCGCAUCAAUUUGAACCAGUUCUACAAGACGGCGUUCAGUGGGUAG